UUUCAACCUGCUACUGUGUCAGUUGUGAAAUCAGGGAAGCAGUGAAAAUAGGAAGCUAAACAAAACCACAGCAUUUUGUUUAACAGGCCUGGCAUCGUAGGUAACUUAAUACUCCUGGCCUAGGGGAGGAAUCUGUGCAUGGUUAUUGGGGUAAGCUUAGAUCCCAACAGGAGAAUGCGGCUUUGGGAGACUGGGGGGGACGAUGCUCGGUUGAAAAGUUGAGAUGUCAGAAAUCAGAUCCUUGUAACUCAGUACCGGAGUCUGUGUUCCUUGAAAGGGAAGGUAUGCGAGGAGGUGUUAACUCACCCUUCUCGUGGCUGAUAGGAGCGACUGCACCCUGCGAGUGAGCUUACGGCUAGUGCUGCUUCACGCUUUUUUAAAAAUUGUGGGCGCCGUAAUGAACUCGUGUGUUUUGUGUAAAGCUCCAAGGUCUUGGAUUUAAACAGAUUCUGGCUCGCUUGCAACUGCUGGGAAAGUUAUAAAUUAGUCAUAAUCCAGGCUUUUUUUAUUAAUUCAUGGUUUCUGCCGUGUUUUCUUUUGUUUGAUGUUGGCAGUGUGACCAGAAGGUUGCCCUGAAAAGCACCGUAUGAAGGUGGAGUAUGGAAAGUUAGAGUCGACCUUCCUGAUAAAUACCCUUUCAAAUCCCCGUCUAUAGGAUUCAUGAAUAAAAUUUUCCAUCCCAACAUUGACGAAGCGUCAGGAACUGUAUGUCUAGAUGUAAUCAAUCAAACUUGGACAGCUCUCUACGAUCUCACCAAUAUAUUUGAAUCGUUCCUGCCCCAGCUGCUGGCCUAUCCUAACCCUAUAGAUCCUCUAAAUGGUGACGCUGCAGCCAUGUACCUCCACCGACCAGAAGAGUACAAACAGAAAAUUAAAGAAUACAUUCAGAAAUAUGCAACAGAAGAAGCACUAAAAGAACAGGAAGAAGGCACCGGGGACAGCUCAUCUGAGAGCUCCAUGUCCGACUUCUCGGAAGAUGAGGCUCAGGAUAUGGAGUUGUAGUAGAAGAGGCAACCUGCUUUUCAGAGAGACUCUAAUUUCCUAACCAUGAGAAGCAGACUAUAAUAUUCAUAUUUAAACAAAGCAAUUUUUUUUAUUACUAAACAGGUUUUUAUGAAUAAUAGCAUUGAUAUAUAUAUAUCACCCUUUAGAUCUUGAUUUUCUUGGUCAUUUCUCGAACCCGAGGUGCAUAGCAUAUUCCCACAUUCCAUUUUGGUAGCAAUAUGCAGCCCGAAUGCAUGCAUUCAAAUUCCAUUUGGCCAAGUGAACUUGUGUGCUACUGAACUGUCAGCUAAAACAGCUGCCCUGGUAGGUAGGGAGUUAGCAAAAAGAUGUUUGCUUUCUUAUCGAUGUUUCCAAAGACACCACCUUGGAUGCUAACGUGGAACAGCGUUUUCUCAAAGUAUAAAAUCUGGGGGAUGAUAUACUAACCGUGUAGAUCAGACAGUGGAAUAAAAGGUGCUCCUUCAGGUCAACCUUGCUUGAUCGUAUUUUAUGUGGAGUCACAUUUAAAAAAAAAAAACAAUAAAAAAAAUAAAAACAAACCAUACAAAUGCAUGGAGCUAUUCAGAGCAUUGAAGCUUAAAAAUUUUGACUUGGAUUUUAAGUCCGUUUUUAUAUGUGGACUCCUGCCUGCCCUUCUGAACUGUAGGGACUGACAACCACUGGUAUAUUUGCUUUUGGGACUUUUGAAAGCCUUCAUCUGGAUGUUAUUCACUUUCUUGGUCUGGAUUACGAGCUGUUCCCUUUUCGGAAGGAAAAAAAAAAAACCACCCCACAAAUCACAAACGAUGCUCUCUGAACAGUGCUUUGAUUUAGCUGGAGCACAUGUGAAGUCAAACCCUUACUUUGUCAUAGUUUUGAAACUGCUGCCCUUUAACGGCUUCAAGUUUGCUUUUUGUUUUGUUUUUUUUUUUUCUUCUCUUGCUUGAAGUAUGGUUAAACACCUCUCAAACACUCUCCAUCUCCUAAGAGGGUCCUCUGACCAGAUGGAUUAGCCUUGCUGAGAGCUUCAGAUCCACGAAGAUUGGCCCAUUGGCUGUAGUCCACGAAUCCAUCGGCACUGAUUUUAUUCUCUUCCCCCCCCUCCCUCCCCUUCUGCACCAGCUUGGUUAGCCAUCUGCUUGUGUGUGUACAACAGGAUUAAAAUUUCUUAAAAGUUAACAAAGAAUAUGAUCUAGAAAAAUUUGAGAUGAAUAAAAAAAGCCUAAAAGCACCAAUUGAGGAAGCAAGUGAAUCUGCUCUGUUCUGUUUUUGUUUUUUCCAGGAUGCUUCUGAAUUGAAAUGUUUGAUUUCUCCUGGUGUCUUUCAGCAAGCUGAGAUUUUUGUUUGUUGUUUUGAUGCUACAAAAUCUGAUAUAGUAAAAUGUCUACCUGGGAUGCCGGUAUACUUGAAUUUGGAUACUUGUGCAUUGGAGAUUCAAACUAAGAUGGAUUUUUAAUGCUGAAUGUUACCUGCUGUAUUCUUUUGGGGUUUUUGGAGGGCUUUGGACAAGACGUUUGAAUUUGUGGUGCAACCUACAGGACAGUGCAUGGAAAAAAAAAUCAACCCACCCUGAGCAACUCUCGAGCAGAGUUUUGAAUGUCAGACUGGUACAUUUGUCAUUUUCCCAGAAUUGUUGGGGUUUUGGUUUGGGGUUUUUUUUUUUUUCCUUUAGAAAUGCCACCAAGUUUUGAGUCGUUGGGGUUGGAAGGUUACAAUCCUAUUUCUAAUUCAUAAAGCACAAUCAAUUUAUUUUUUUUCGUUGGGGGGGGGUUGGGGAACCCCAAACCUCUUAAAGUACCACUUUGCUUUAGCAUGAUUUUCCUUAAUAAAAAUAUACAAAGAAUUUCCUUUAUGUUAAUUACGGGCAUGAAGCAAAGGUUUUUCCUCUCCUUCUUCCCUUUUUAUUUUAAAGCAGUAAUGUUAGGGCUGUGGCUAGUGACUGUGCUGAAGUUCUCUAUCUAGCAUUUGUGGCUUGUCGGAAGGGUAAUAUUAACUAUUUAACAUGUAAUGGUGUACUUAACUCUUAUCUAGCACGCUGUUUUUCUCAUUACUUUGGGGAGGGAGGGGCCACGUUUUGCUGGCACUGUUUAACUUGCUUACCUGCUGACCUAGCAGUUUGCUUGUGCUAUAACCUUUACUGUAGGUGCUACUUAGGAGUAGAGUAAGUGCUGGGUGGUGAUAUCAGUUUAAAAGA